CUCACUCGAAGCGAGGUGCAUUGUGGGGAAAGUCGUUGCCAUUCGACCUCUGCGGGGCCUGCGCGGACGGAGCCAGAAACCCUCAAAUUCAUUAUGCCUUUAAAACCCUUAUUUAUUUCCGCAUAACCUACAUACUCUCUCCGGGAGGCCAAAGCGCAAAAAACCCAACAUUUCGAUGCGGAAUAUUUCAUUUUAGACAACGAUUUCUCGUAAUCGUAAUUAGCCGUUUGGAAAAUAUAUAUAUUUAUAAAAAUCGUUGGGAAAGUAGAUUGUAGUUUAACGCUAUUAAAGGAAAAUGUCCGGAGAACGAAACCGCAGGUCGCUGGCUUUCCGAGGAGGUGGAUCAGCCCCGACCGGCUCCAGUGGUGUCCGAGGCAGCAACGGUAACAGCUGGGAGGCCCAGGCCUGGCAAGAUCGGCAUUUAAACGGGACCAGGCCGGAUCAGGAGGAGGACAGGGAUCUGGGGGCGAAAGGACCGUCGCUGGUAAAAGUGGAGGGCGGGGGGUCCGUCAGCGACAGCACAGAGCCGGAGGCAGAGGAGGAGGAAGAUCCGGAAGGGGGUCGAUGGACAGCCGGGAAAGACGUUGACAGCAUCGGGUGGACGGCCGCUACAGUCGCGGGGGAGGAGGGCGAUAGUUGGACGGUCGGCAACGGUGUGAACAGCGAGGACGGCGCGGGCAGCGGAGCCACGGGAUCCGAGGACGAUCGAGGCGAAACAGGGAGCGGCGGGGAGCGGGAGGAGACGGGUGCCAGAAAAACCUGUGUAGAGAUGAGACCUCAGACGCUGCUUCAGAAACACUCGCUUUUCCAAGCCUCCUGGCUGCAGGAGUUUCCCUGGCUGAAAUUUAGCCGAGAGACGGGAAUCAUGUCGUGCUCUUGGUGUCACAACAUUGCCACUUUCAACAGCGAUGAGCUGGUCAAAGGCAGCCGAAACUACAAGCGGGCCUUGCUGCUCAGACAUCACCUGUCCUCGGAGCACGGCAGAAACGACCCGACCAAACAGGAGACAGAGAGGCCAGAGGACAAUGAGGGCACAGAGGUCGAGGACUACAGGAGCAGGCCAAAUGAGAACUCCUACUGCUACCAGCUGCUCCAGGAGUUGGACAAGCAGCGCAAGAGUGGCAUCCUCUGUGAUGUCAACAUUGUGGUGGGCGGCCAGGUGUUCAGGGCACACAAGAAUAUACUGGUUGCGGGCAGCCGCUACUUCAAGACCCUUUAUUGCCUGACCAAGAGUGAGAGCUGUGACCAAACCACCAUUACACACCUAGAUGUGGCGGCCGUGCAGGGUUUCUCCGUUAUCCUAGACUUCCUGUACUCUGGCAACCUGCUGCUGACCAGCCAGAAUGCCAUAGAGGUGAUGUCCGUGGCCAGCUACCUGCAGAUGACCGAAGUGGUGCAGUCGUGUCGCGCCUUCAUCAAAGAUGCCCUAAACAUCAGCAUCAAGCAGGAGGCUCCAGACUCCGUGGUGGUGGACUACAACAAGCGGAGGACUGUGCCAAAGGACAGCCAGGGUGCUGACAAAAAGCCCAGCAACUUCUGGGCCACUAGCAUCCUGUCCAAAUUGUCCAUAAAGGCCAGCGGACAGGUGAAGGAGGAGCCCAGCGACGUGGCUGUGUCUGCGGGGGAGGGCUGCGCAUUGGGCAGCUCUGGCUGGGGAGGAGAUAACUCAUCUGAAUCCACACAGACGGAGCCUCAGGGCCCUGGGCCGGUGUUCGUCUGGAACGAACCAGCCCCGGGUGCUGGAGCUGCGGUGAAGAGGGAGGAACGGCCAGAGCCAGAGGAGCGACCAGAGCCAGGCAGUGGCAGACGGAAAAAGCAAAUCGCCAGACGCUUCGUCUAUAACAUCCCGCCCGAGCCAGAAGAGGGCUUUGACGAGGGCAUGUUCAUUCAACCGUCCGCUUCCUUCACCCGAGAGGACUACUCCUAUCUCUCAGAGAAUGCAGCUGAAACGUCCGACACUGCUCUGAAUAAGCUAAAGUGUCCCCACUGUAACUACAUUGCCAAGCACCGGCGAACACUAAAGAGACAUCUGAUCAUUCACUCAGGCGUGCGCUCCUUCAGCUGCGACAUCUGUGGGAAGCUGUUCACCCGCCGAGAGCACGUCAAGAGACAUUCCCUGGUGCACAAGAAGGAUAAGAAGUACAAGUGCAUGGUCUGUAAGAAGAUUUUCAUGCUGGCAGCCAGUGUAGGGAUCCGGCACGGUUCGCGCCGCUACGGGGUGUGUGUGGACUGUGCUGAUUCCCACCAGGCCACACAGGAAGGCCUGGUGGGCAUGCAGGAGCUGGAGUUCGCCCGAGACGAAGACUUCGAAGAGACCCCCGAAGGAGAUGAGGACAUGGUGGAGGAGGGCGAAGGAGAGGAGCCCAACGAGAUUGACCAAUCCAACUGGGACGGUGACACAGGUGCCACCCCCGAGGAGGACUAAGUUAAAUGCAACUUUAAAAAAUAAAAAACAAAAAAAAUAAAUAAAUAAUAGCUGGGAAACAAUCAACAACUCCAAAGUGCUAUCAAACCUUGUGGUUGCACAGUAAUGUGCAUGUCAAAGAGAAAAUAAAAAGCUUUGGUAGAUAGGGACUCCAAGAUGUAAAGAUUAUUGUGUGUCUGAGAGUCUGGGCCUUCUGCCUAAAAGAGAAAGAGAUGAUAUGAUUUUAUGAAAAUCAGGUUUUUCAGUGAUGUAUUUUUUUUUUUCCUUCCUUUUCUAGGGUAUGAUGGUGUACAGUGUUUUAAGUUACGAUAGGCCAAUCAUCUUAAAUAUGAAUUAUUUAAUUUAUGAAGAAAGUUAUUAUGGUCUUAUUAAAAUUAUAUAAUUUGUUUUCGUUGUUUCUUGUCUGAUGAGAGAAGUUCCGUUGUAGGCUGUGCUUCCUGUCGUGUCCGAACAUCCACAGCUUUAGAUGCCGAUUCUGAUUUUAAAGACGGAGCAUUGUGAUGUUGCCUACAGGAAGAUUUUUAUUUCCUUUCGAAUUGUGUAGAUAUGUUGUCAUGAAAAUUUAUGAGCUAUAUUUCCUUUCCUUUAUCCCUGCACAAAUCUUGGAACCAAAAAAAAUCUGUUUUGUGACUCUAAUUGACCACAGCCAUAUUUAUGAUUAAGUUAUAUUGGGGCUGUGCCAUUGUGCCAAGCAGAAUGCACACCAAGAUUUGGCAGGACACAAACUACUGAAAAUGCUGAGAGAAAACGUAUAGCAGAGAAAACAAAGUUUAAAAAAAAAAAGAAAGUAUAAGGGGAAUAUAUUAUUGCUAGCUUUAUAUGAAUCACAGCAUCACAUUAACACUUUAUAGAGCAUUUUGACAUUCACUUAAAGCUUGAAUUUUGCCAAAUGAUGGAAACGUUUGGUGCUGUAACGCUUGUUUUUUUUGUUGUUUUGAAAUACUGGACCUACAAGCUGUAUAUGAUGUUAAUAAUCGUAAAAGCCUACUCAACUCAGAUAUACUAAUCAGCUCUGUUUGUAACACUGUUGUGCUAAAGAGCCUAUCAGGUAUGCUUUGCCAUUGUUUUUUUUUUUUUUAUUUAAUGCACAUACACUCACAAACAUACCAUCUUUAUUUUCUUUACUUUUCUUUUUUAAAUGUUUUUUUUAUUAUUUUAUUUUUAAUCUACCGGCAGACCAUGUAAAGAUGACCCACAGUUUCGGACCUUCCUGAAUUGGUGUGAAGAGGUACUUAGCAUACUGAUAAUCACUUGAACAGCGUGUGUAAGGUAAUGGUGAAGAAUGCUGAUUGAUUGGGCUGUUUGAAGUUCUGUUUUGUGAAAGACUCCAUUUUAGUGCAAAAAAAAAACUACUUAAUCAUUUUAUUUUGACUUUUUUGUCUGCCAAGUUAAUUACACUUUGGUUAUAUUAAUGUAAAGUGGAGCUCUAUGGAGAAACAUAGACAUGCACUUACUCCUUCUUAUUUCCCCAAAGCCGGUCUGGAUGGAAAUAAAAGAAAACUGUUUAGUCCAUGCGGAACCUUUUUUUUUUUCCUUCUUCUUUUAACAUUUCAUUAUUUAAUAUUUUAUAUAUAUAUAUUGACUCCAAAUGCAAUCAAGACUGUUAAUUUCUAUUUGUCCUACCAAAAUUGUUGUUUAAUUAAUGUUGAAUUAAUGUAUGAGAAAGCCAGGUAACCUGUUUAGUGUAAAUCCUUGCUUGUGUCUGUAAUUGUCAGAUUUAAAUGUUUUUAUUCCGGAAUCAUUCACUUUACCCUAGAUGCAUAUAUUGUUUUAUUUGUCCUUUCUACAAUGUUUUUUUUUUUUUUUUUUUUUUUUUUUUUUUUUUUUUUCUUAUUUCCUUAAAUUUUUAUAAGAAAUAUUGUGGGUUGAAACCUAGGAAGAGCAGUUUCUGUUCAUAUGCAGUGGAUAUAUUGAAGUGCUAUAAUGAGACAGAGUAUGUUUAUCUUUCCCUUUACUCCAGAUGAAAGUGUAUUUUAAGAGCUGUAUAGAAGAUAUUCAUCCUGUUCAUAUUAUUUACCUUCAAAUCACUGUGGGAGGGAUAUAUAGUAUAUAUAUAUAAUAAAUAAAUAAAUAUAUGAAUAGAUAUUUAAGUUAAUUGAAAUAAUGGCUCACGGCUGCAUUUAACUCCUUUCAAACCUUGGCCUGGCUUUUGUUGUCCUGUCCAUCCUUGUUUCUGUUCACACGUGUGCUUGUUCACCCAGACACACUGUUGGUUCUUUCUCAUUUUCUCAUUUUGUUUUGUGUAUCUGAUGAACUCGAGAUGACUUUCUCCUUACAUUUUAUGCUGUAUAUGGACAUAACCAACAGAAAAAAAAAAAAGACGGAACACUACAGAUGAAGGUUUUUUCCAGCUGUAUUUUUUUAAAGCCGUUUUAAAGAUGUAUUUUUCAACUCUCUUACAGUGAUGCAAACCGGGCCUUUGGCUCACCUCAAACACAAAUCAAAUCAGGUUACUCUUUUUAUGUUUUUCAAGGUUUUAAGAUGAAUACAUUCUCCUUUCUGUUUCAAUUGUACUACUGUUCCUCUAUAAUAAAAUUGAAAAUAAAACUUUAUUGCUCUAA